AUGGAUGGCUACCCCUUGGGAAGCCUCGAUCAUAAUGUGCCGCUCAUCGUGGUGUCGGGGUUGAAUUCAGAUCCGCCAGAGCAACCUCCCAAGGCCAAUGGCCCGGGAAUCCUCCUUCGAUCCGAUCUGCCGCCUCUAGAGAGCAGAGAGGCGAACUUUUUGCAGUCGUAUUUUCAAGAGGUGGACGAACGUGGGACCUCAUGGACUGCAAUCACGAGGGACGAGCCCUUUAGGGUUCGCAUCAAGACCGUUGGUAGAUCCUAUGUACUUCCAUCUCGACGAGCCCGGCUGCCUGAAACGAUCGAACCGAUGACCACGGCCCCGAUACUGCACUCGCCUUUCUCGCCCCUCAGCCCUUCGUCAGCUCUAUACCCAGACGGGCUGAUUAAUGCGCAAUGGAUCAAGAAGCACCAGGAAGCGAUCCCUAGCAUAUUCGUGUGCUUCCAAACACUGAUCAGCGACCCAAACAUUGCUACGCUGGGCGACAACAAGCUAAAGACAGAUCUUAAUCACAUAAGGGCGACCUUGGUAGAAUCGGGUUAUAAAACGCGCUUGGUUGUGAUAAUUCUGGGCGAUGAAGAUGCCAGGAAAUUGACUGCUGAUAUUAUACAAGAUCGGCUGGAGAAUAUUCGAAGGGGAACUGGCUUAGAUCCCAAAUCAAUCUUCUACGUUACGCCCCAGGAGUCGCCGUCAGAUUUGAAGAGAGUGAUGGAUAGCGUCCUCUCCUUGCUGUACACCACGUCCAUUGAGUAUUAUCGAGACCUUGGGAGGCAUGCUAGGAAGAAGCGAUCCCGAGGAAUCGUUCCUCAGCCAACAGUGCCGCCAACUUCUGGGACGUCGCAAACGUUAUCGCUGUCCGACUGGAAUUUUCGCUAUGAUUUCAAGUUGGCUAUUUUUGCUGAAUUCCGCCAAGAAAUUGACGCGGCGAUCCGAUCUUUUGAACAGGCGUACGAGAUUUUGCUAGGCCAAGAUGUUCUUGAUAUUAUCCCCAGUUGGAGCCCUCGCUGGAACGAGGCACGGCUUUUGGCUGACAUAAUCUCUAUCCGCUGUUUGCGAAUGCACCUAUGGAUGGGACAAACGAGCAUGGCGGUUAGGAGAUGGCAGGCUCAUCGCGACCGCAUCAGCGAGUUUGUUGAUGCCAGAGGAAGGGGUACAAACAACUAUGGCUGGCAAGCUUGGGAAGCCCGGUGGGCGAUGGUGAUGGCUGGUCUUAUUGAGAAGACUGAGGUUCCUGGCCUGGGGCCUUCGACUAUGACCAUCUUUCUGCAGCCAGAAAAAACACUUAUUGGAGAACGAUUACAUCCGUGGGAGUUAUUGCACCAUACGGGUUAUUGGUAUCGAAUUGCUGCGCGCCAUCUCGGAGCUCGCAAAGCAUUGGCUCAUAGGAUCCCCGACGAUGAUAGAGGAGCGCCAGACGCUUCGCCCGCGUCGAGGUUGUCUAGCAAAGCAUACCGUUAUGAUACAUAUAUGUGCCCUCCGCCCCACGAAGAAUAUCCACUGAACGGAAAGGGAGUCAAUCAUGCACAACUGAUAAUAGACUGUCUCCUCAACGCGAGGGGUCAAUUUCAAGCAAGAAAGCAGCACCGAAUUGCGGCAGAGAUAUCUUUGGAGUGUGCAAGAGAGAUGGCCACAAUUGGGGCAUGGAAUGAAGUACUAGGAAUGCUCCGACCUCUAUGGGAAGAUAAAUCCUUUCGCUCUGAAUGGUGGCUCGACAUUUCUGAAGAAAUCUUAUGGCUUGUGAGACGAGCAGCGGCGGAGACUGGGCGGGCGGACGUUGUGGUCGCCACUGAUUGGGAACUAAUGGAUAAACGCUUUAGACGAAGGGAAAACUGGCAUUACGAUCUUAGCAAGUCUCUAGAUGGAGUAACCUUGGACACGAAGCCAUCUAUUAGUAUAUCUGACGAUUUAGCUUCAUCGUUUUUAUCAGCAUCGUUUGUUUUCCGCGCCAAAGAGGGCCGGGCUGGCGAAACGUGCUUGGCCCAGCUGUCCCUCAAUUCUGAAGCGCUUAGUGUGGCCGCUCCAGUUACUUUAUCUUCGAUUCGAGUGGAAUUUGAAGGACAUCUUAGACCAAUCACGCUCGUGCAUGACUCGGCCCUGCACAUAGAUUCUGCGGAAGGACCUAUAUCUUUGGCGGCUGUAUCAUUGACCGAACAACUUGGAGGCGAUGAAAAGAAGGACAAAGGUGAAAGCGAAAACGAAGUCGAGGAAGGGGACCAAGACGAAGGCGAAGACAAAAAAGAGGACGCAGAUGAAGACAACAAGGACGAGAAAGAAGAUCAACUGACUGGUAGAUGCGAUCUAACACUGAGACCGGGCCACCGACAAGUGUUUGAGAUGAACAUACCUCUACGAGAGCCAGGAGAGGCGUCGGCAUCUACGCUAAUUUUGUCUUACAAAGCCGACACAUUUGAACUGGAUUAUAAGUUUUCAUUGUCAGAACUAGGCAAAGUCACAGGAUGGUUCGUUCAAGGCUCGGUGAAACCGCGAUUGUCCAGACCCAACGGACAUAUUCUACAUAUACAACCACGACCUCCUAAAAUGAAGCUGAGGUUGAUAGAGCCCCUCGAGCAGUACUAUGCAAAUGAGCCGAUUGCACUGCGGAUUGGCCUAUACAAUGAAGAGGACGAUUCUGCCAACGUGAAAUUGGACGUUCGGAUCAUUGGAAAGGGAAUCCCUCGGUUCCAAGUCCAAGCUGGAGAACAUAAGCGAGAGGUGGAUGCUACCGAGGAAGAGUCUCAAGUUACGGACCUUACUCUUGGCCACAUAGCCAGUUCCUCUUCGUUGGAGGCGUCAAUUCAUCUCGACCCUGCACCAGCGCCUACGGUAUACGAAUUGCAGAUUCGAGCAGAUUAUCAUUUGGAGUCAGACGCUGCAACACCAAUUGUUCAGGUGUUGCCUAUCCACCUCAAUAUUGUGAAUGCGUUUGAAGCCAAUUACGACUUGAUGCCGCGACUCCAUCCAGAUCCCUGGCCGAGCCUUUUCGACUACGAAGACCUACAAGACGUAUCCGAAGGCGAUGUUGUUCCGGCAAAGGGACUCACGCAGCAAUGGUGUCUUGUUUGCCACUAUGCAUCGUUUGCAACCGAAGAUUUAGACGUAAUAGGCCUCGACAUGCAGGUUACGUCGGUGACGCCUGGCGGACGGUGCCGUGUUGUAAGCCAGCCCGAAUUCUCCGCAGAUGGCAUGAUUGUGGCACCCAAGACGAUGUAUGAAGCUCGGUUCGAUCUAGUAGCAGAAAAGGUCACGCUGGACGACAGGCAUCCAGUCGCAAUAGAUUUGGCACUCGUGGUCCGCUGGCGACGACGGCGAUCUACGGAUGGGGAGACUGGCCUAGUUAACGUCACGACAAUGAUAGUUGGGCAGUACAUGGUGCUUGGGACGGAGCCUAGAGUGCUGGCAUCGGUGCUUCACAGUUCGCAGGAGAAGACUGGCCUCGUGCGGCUCGACGUUACGAUUGAAAAUCCAUCCAGCCACUUCUUGACAUUUGGUCUGGCGAUGGAACCAAGUGAUGCAUUCGCUUUCUCCGGAUCCAAACAGACGACGAUGCACCUGCUACCGAUGUCGAGGCGCACCCAGACUUACCGUCUGAUGCCACUUGUACGAGGCGUGUAUGUACGGCCAGGACUGGUGGUAAGAGACAAGUACUUCCAGAAGGUGCUUAGAGUUAUACCGACAGAGGGGAUGAAGAUUGACAAAGACGGCUUGCUGGUUUGGAUCCCUCCGGUGCAAGAAACUGAAGAGAAGUCAAACUAG